ACACACCAUCUCUGACUCCAUCAUUAACUCUCCAUCCCAAAUCCAGUGUGCUCCGCAGUACUGUGUCUUUAAGUGAUUUCUGGAGGUAAGAGUCGGAAGGCAGAAGGGGUGCGCGCGCCCGUCCGUCCACUCCCGUGUGUGGACUCUCCAAAAAUGUGCUAAGAAUCACAAAAGCCGAAUCUCUUACGCUGGAAAUUAAACGCAACAGCUGUUCAUCUGUCGUAAGGAUGUAAACAAGAUCACUGGUGGAGCUUCCCCAUGCACCUGCAUCCCUUCCAUUCUGACUAUCUAGAAUGUUCCUGAAGACAGUUCCUCCGGCUGUGGCUAUUCAUUCAGAAUGGAGGUCCAGUAAGAGCUGCAGCCUGCCUCUCUAUUUCAAUGACAGUGCCUCCGACAGCGACCUUGCCUCAGUUAGUGGCACCCCGUUCCCACAGAAGAUCCAGAUGAUAAUUGAGAGCCUUCACAGUACCCAGUCUUCGGGCAUGAGUGAAAACGAGCAGGCUGAAAAGGCUGCUCAUUCCAGUCACGAGGCUGGCUACAAGGGUCAGAUGCGACUCAUGGACAUGUCGGCGAGAACCCGGCGAUCAGGGUCAGACGCUAAGCUGCAGAACAACAGGUCUGAUACUGGAGAUGAUUCAGAUAGUGAUGACUCUGUGGACAGAGGCAUUGAGGAGGCCAUACAGGAGUAUUUAAAGGAGAAGGUGGACCACAAGCGCAAAGGGGAUCCAGUGACAAGUUCACCCCCAGCGCCCAAACUUCAGCGAAGGGAACUAGAUGCUCCGAAACAACAGACACAUUCCAGCAGUGCUAAGGUGCUGACUGCUAGCAAUCAUAUCCAGAGACUCUCAAGCGGGAUGGUGGCCUUAAAAAAGAAAGUCAAAAAGAAGCAGCUGAGCAAAGAAAAUCCCUUUAAGAAAGCAGACGCGAGUAAAGUUUCGCCUUUAAAAAGUCUUCCUCCACCCAGAGCUAAAAAAGGAUCCUCCUCGUCUUCUGAGAUGGACAAGUCUCCACCGCGUCUGGUCAUUAAAGAGGAAGAGGAAUGGCUCGAUUCAAGCAGCGAUGAUGGAAUUGAAGAAGAGAUUCAGAGAUUUCAGCAGGAGAAAAAAGAAAAGCAGGAAGGUGAUAGAGAUGCACAGAGAUCUCCACAAAAAAUUAAGGACUCUGAUUCAAGCAGCGAUGAAGGUAUCGAGGAAGCCAUCCGUCGCUUCAAGGAGGAAAAACACAAGCAGAAGAAAAAUAAAAGUCUUCUCAAACCUGCCCAACUUGUGCCUGCACAUCGUAGCAAACCAGCCGUUGCUUCUCCAGAACGCAUAAGCACCCAACCACUCAAAGUGCUGUCUAAGAAGAACAACAUAAAGAAAUUGUCAACCAAUAAGUCAACUAAUCUCCCAACACCACUGUCCGUAAGCCACUUUCUGAACAAGUGUACAUCACAGCCCGCUAAAGCAAAAACCUUUACAGCUUCCCCAAUAAACCCAAAACAAGCCCAGACAGAACAUCAGAUCCACUCCAGUCUGAAGGUCAACACUGCUGAACUAAUGUGCGCAGAGGCCAUUCUGGACAUCUCCAAAACUGUCAUGCCUGAAGUGUUUGAGUCCAGCUUAAGCAUUGCUAAUAGAAAUUUGCUUCCGAUGCCAGCGAUCACCCCUGUUGCACCUCCUGAAGAUAAAAGCGAUGAGAGCUCCAUUGACAGUGAGGACGGCAUUGAACAAGAGAUAAGGAAAUUUUUGGAGCAUAAAGCAAUGAUGAACAAAGAGCUUCCAGCAACAGCAGGCGCACCUCCACCAGCUUCAGAAGAUCCCUCAUCGAGUAAAGAGCCAAAGAAGAAGCUGAAAGAAAUCCAACCGAAUAAAGGAGUCCGACUCUCCUUGUCAAAAAAGCGCAAGUUCAAAGAGGAACAAUGCAAACUUUCCAGAGAUCAAGACAUGGUUUUGAAUGUUAAAGAGGAGCCUCCUGGGACACCUCUGAUCCACAGUGACUCCACCAGACUUGAACUUUCUACCACUCCCACUGCGAUUUCACAUUCAAGUAGUGUGAAAAAUAGCAAACUGAAACAGAACUCUCCUCCUCGCAAGGGUGCAGAUCAUGUAACUAAAGACAACGUUUCCUCUUGUAGUGCAUCCAGCCCAAAGGCUGCGAUCGGCUCUGAGAGAAACGACAGCAGUGACAAAAGCAGCUCCUUGGACAGUGACGAGGAUUUAGAUGCAGCAAUUAAAGACCUACUCAAGACGAAGAAAAAAGUCAAGAAGAAGGUAAGGGACUUGAAGGCGAGAAAAAGUGACAAACCUUUUGAGGCGUCAUCUUUGGAUGCCAUAAAAAAGCAGAAGCCUUUAACCGAGCAGAAGUGUAUCCCACUCAACAGGCUUGUUAAAUCUAGCAUCUUGAAAGGUGGGAAAGAAUCCCUGAACAUUCAGGCUAAAAAUGACAAGGUGCCUAAAAGCAAACCAGCUAAAGGCAAAUGUGAGGUUCAAAACUUCAAGCCUUCUAAAAGCUUUGCGCAGACUGACAAGGUGACCGGGAAUGGAGGGAUUUCCUCAGCCCCAGGUGGAGACACACUUUCACCAAGUCUGCAUGCAGAUGACGACAGUGAUGUGGACAGCGAUGACAGCAUUGAGCGAGAGAUCAGGAGAUUUCUAGCUGAAAGAGCUAAGGUGUCCGCACCUGUAACCACAAACAUUAAAAGUGAGGAGAAGGGCAUCAACUCCUCAUCUGCAGAGACUGAGGAAAAUCCAGAUCUUCAAAAGACUCAAACUGAAACUCCAGUAUCUGCUGCGACAUCAACCUCCGGGAGACUCUGGAAGACUGAACUCACAGGUACGUCCACAAAAUCUACAGAAACACCUGCAGAACUCAACAAGGGACCAGUCCUGACACCAGGCAGCUCUUGCAUAAUGGGAUUCAGGAGGACUGAAAGUCAAAAACCUGAGAACUCUGCUCCAAGAGAUCCAACGAAUGGCAGCUGCCAGACAGGCAAGGACACUCCGACAGGUCAUGUCAUCAAACCUAAUUCCUUCACACCACCAUGUGUGAACUCAGAAACUGCUCGGCCGUUGGGUCACCAGCACCAGAACCUGUUCCUGAUGAGGCCUGUUAACAACAGAAUGAGUGAAUCUUCCUCAAGAAACAGUAAUGACAUUCCCAUCAGCCACCAGAGUAGAUCAGCCCCAAGGAUACCUUUGAGGGAAGUCAUUACUUCCCUUUGUCCCUCGCCUCUCUCGAAAACUCAGAUUAAUUCCCCUGCUGUUGACCUUUCAACCUCUGUACCUCCGUUGAGCAGGACAGAGGGCGUUUACAUGCAUAACCGCCUGAAAAGGGACCGACAUUUCUCUGAUAGACCACACAUAUCCUUCAGCACCUCACAUCUGUGCCAGCCCUCGCCAGAACUGCAGUCCCACCAGGGCGUUAGUGUAAUUCAGGUUCAACGGGACCAGGCUGUGUUAUUUCAGGCUACGAAUCGCCUGCAGGUCAGCCAAACUGAGGUCACUGCAAGUUUAGGAGAAACACAAAGGGAGGGAGGAAGUGUUAGCAAGGAAGAUGAGGAAGAGAAAUGUAUUGAUGAGACAGAUGUAGAGUCAGAUGAGGAAAGGAAAGAUCAGAAGACAAAAGACACGAGCAAGCAGACCAAUAAUCAGUGAGUACCUAUAUUUGUUCUUUCCAAAUACACACACAUAUCAGUGAUCGGGAUGGGGGGAAUCCCAAUGCAUAUCCAUGCUGUUGAUCCAUCUAAGAUGCAAAAAACUUUCUGAACAAAUUGUCUUUGAUUGAGGUGAUUUAAUGAGUGUGUUGGUCAUUAGUUCGGAUGGAUUUAUUGAUGACCCACAGGUAUUUUGAAAGAUCUUUCCAAACAUUCAGCCGAAAUUUUCCUUCGGCGUUAAACAUUAGCUGAUUAUUUUAGCAUUAGCCUGACGGACUGCGGCGCUGGAGUUCAUCCUGCAUUAUCAUCAUUUCUGUCUUUUUGUACUGUAUUGUUUAGGUUCCAAGGGACGUCAUGUAGGAGUCUUUAAGUGUACCACAUCCUCUCUUUUUUUUUUGUAUGUUUGUACAUUUAUAAAUAUAUUUAAAAGCAGACGCGAUGUCAUAAAAAGAGAUUAAACUUGUUUAUUGUU